AACUCUCAAAGAGAUCAAUAAGAAUCCAACCCAUCACAAUCCAACCCAUCACAAAUCAGGACUCGGAAGAAGAAGGACAUUGUUCUAAUAAGUUGGGGUUCAUGGAGGGAGUCAAGUUGCUUGGAUUUUGGCCUAGUCCCUUCAGUCACAGAGUUAUAUGGGCUCUCAAGCUCAAGGGAGUGGAAUACGAGUAUGUGGAGGAAGAUCUCGGCAACAAGAGCGAUGAAUUGUUGCGGUGCAACCCAGUUCACAAGAAGACCCCUGUGCUCAUCCAUGGAGGGAGACCCGUUGCAGAGUCCGCUGUAAUACUGGAGUACAUCGAAGAGAGUUGGCCACAAAACCCUCUGCUUCCUCGUGAUCCUUAUGAGAAGGCCGUGGCCCGGUUCUGGAUCAAAUUCAAUGAUGACAAGAUCCCAAUUUUCGUCAAAUUCUUUCAAAGCACAGGGGAGCAACUGGAGGAGACAACAAAAGAGGCCAAGACAGUCCUGAAAACCAUUGAAGAACAUGCUCUUAGAGAGGAGGACAACUUCUUUGCUGGGGACAAAAUUGGCUUGCAAGAUUUGGUCUUUGGAUGGCUAGCUUGGUGGCUUCAAGUCCUGGAAGAAGUGGCCGGCGUGAAAUUAUUGGAAGCUAGCGAAUAUCCUCGCCUGCACAGAUGGGCGCAGAAUUUCAGAGAUCAUGAUGUGAUCGGAAGCAACCUUCCGGAGCGUGAGGUCCUGCUUGCCUACUUCAAGCGCCUCAGGGAGACUUCCAUUGCGUCUUCUCCACCAGCAGUGUAGUCGUGUGGACCGAGUCUUGAUGAUGACUUUUACUUUUCGUGAGCAAGUUCUGCUAAUAAAUUUCCAGAGUCUCCGUGUGGAUUUAUGUAAUGGGUAGUGAUGGUCCUAAAAUGUGCUUAUGCAUGCUAUUUAAAUAUAGGAAAGUAUGAGGUUGGUAUGUCGAAAACUUGAUUUGACUGGAAGAUAUGAAAUUAACAGAGAAGGAAAUUGCAUAUUUGUCGCUC